AACACGGCUGCUUCGUCAUGCUGUCACACUUGUAAAUAGAGACUUAUCAAGUGAAGGUAGUUUCGGGAAGGUUUCAAUAUGGCAGCGCCUGUGAACCGCGCGUUGUUACGGAUAUUCAGGAAAUCUAUACGCGAUAAGAGCUUCCAGAGGCGACCGUUAUUUCAGAGUGCACUAGGCGAUGGGGAUCAAGACAGACACCGUACAGCUGAAGGGACUAACGACGAUUCGCAGUCAGGGCGGACAUCGGGAAGCUGGUGGGACAGAGGCUUGCAUCGGAGCGGCUUGUUCAGGACAGCGUUGGCUAUCGGAAUAGGAAUCGGUGGUGCUGCUUUGCUAAAUUCCGGGGGACAGGGGGAACAACAGCCCAUAUCUUCUGGAAGAGCUUCUUCUACGACCAGUGGCAGUAGCUCUGUUUUCCGGACGGUCCUGUCAACCGCACAAUGCGCUUCCCCUGUCAAAGCGGACAGUCCGCGUUUCAAGUACAACUUCAUUGCAGAUGCGGUGGAAAGGUCUGCACCCGCAGUGGUCUACAUCGAAAUAGUGGGACGGCAUCCAUUCUCGGGCCGGGAAGUCCCUAUCUCAAAUGGCUCUGGCUUCAUAGUCAGCAGGGAGGGGCUCAUUGUGACAAAUGCCCACGUGGUGGCCAACAAACGGGGUGUGCGGGUGAGGCUGGCCAAUGGGGACAGCUACAGCGCCACUGUCCAGGACGUCGACCAGGUGGCAGACAUCGCUACCAUCAAGAUCAGUGCCCAGCACCCUCUCCCAACGCUUCCCCUGGGGGCAUCGGCAGGUGUGAGGCAGGGCGAGUUUGUGGUCGCCAUGGGGAGCCCGUUUGCCCUACGGAACACUAUCACGUCCGGCAUCGUGAGCUCGGUGCAGAGGGGCAGCCGAGAGCUGGGCCUGUCCCACUCCAACAUGGACUACAUUCAGACGGACGCCGCCAUCGAUUUUGGGAAUUCUGGCGGACCCCUGAUUAACCUGGAUGGCGAGGUCAUUGGCAUCAACACCAUGAAGGUGACUGCGGGCAUCUCCUUUGCCAUCCCGUCUGACCAUCUCCGGCACUUCCUCACCCACGUUGAUGAAAGGAGGAAAUUACACUUGGGAGAGUCUGACACGAAGUGUCGCUACAUCGGAGUGAUGAUGCUGACCCUCACCCCCAGCAUCAUUUCAGAGCUGAAGCUGCGUGACCCCUGCUUCCCAGAUGUCCCCCACGGGAUUCUGAUCCACCGAGUCAUCACUGGGUCCCCAGCCAAUCGGGCGGGGAUGAAACCGGGCGAUGUGGUGGUGGAGGUGAACGGGGCGGCAGUGAGGACAGCGGAGGAGAUCUACGGUGUGGUGCGUGCCAGCAACGGGCUCAGCGUGGUGGUCAGGAGAGGUCACGACCUGCUCAAGCUGUAUAUGACCCCCGAGUUGACCGAAUGAGGCCUGCCCCUCGCCAGCAACCUGCCUCACCGCAGGAGAGGGAAAACUGCAGGAAUAUGACAACAAAAGAAGGGCGAGAGAAGAGCUGAAAGAGAAGAGGACUGAGAGGGUUGCCAAAGAUAGUGAAUAGGACUGACAGAGUUGCUGGUAUAAAAGAAGCAGGACUGAUAGAGUAGCCAAUGAAAAAGCCCCAGGACUCAGAGUAGCCAAUGAAAGAGCAACAGGACUGUGACAUCAUCACACACAUAGUCUGUGUCUUUUCUUUCUUUCUUCUCUCUUUUCUUACUUUUCAUGACUAGAGAAAUGAGGAGUAGAUUUAUAGGCAUUGACGGUGGAGUUUCUGCUUUAUCACAGAAAAAGGUGAGAUCAACAGCCAAUGAAUUGGUCUGUCCACCUGUUCACCAGCUUGUCUCCCUGAGGGAGGAAUUUGAUUCAUCUGUACCUUGAAAAAUGCUGGUUCUAAGCAGAGUUCCCUGUCCACGCAGCCCUUGCAGUGAGAGUACCAAAUGUGAGUCUCCCGCUUCAGACUUAAAUCACUGAACCAGAGCCCCCAAGUUAACUCAGGGGUUUUAUUUCUCCUUUCUAAUGCACUGGCUGCACUAAUGCACCGACGUUGAUAUGAUAAUCAGUGGCAGUUUGCCUUAAUAUUAAAUACUUUGCAAAGCUUGUUUGACUGGUGGAAAGAUUAUCAAUUGACUGUCUAGCAAUUAAGUGAAGAGUCUCUACCAAUCGGCAGCUAAUUCCAUUUUCUUUUUCUUCCUUUCACAAUGUUGUGAAGGAUUUGCACGUCAGUACUAUUUUAAAAAAAGGAAGUUUCCCUUCGUUCUG